AUGGCUGGAACAGCUCCUUUCUACAUCAAGUAUUCACGAGUGCUGUUUAGCAUCGAGGUCACCUCUACCUACUUCGCCGUGAGGAACUACUGGCGAGGAUUCUUUGCAGCCACGUUCAGCGCCUUUGUUUUCCGAGUGCUGGCCGUGUGGAACAAGGAUGCUGUCACCAUCACAGCUCUCUUCAGAACCAAUUUCCGAAUGGAUUUUCCCUUUGACCUGCAGGAACUCCCAGCCUUUGCAGCCAUUGGGAUUUGCUGUGGGUUCCUGGGAGCUGUAUUUGUGUACCUGCAUCGCCAAGUCAUGCUCGGUGUCCGAAAGCACAAGGCCCUCAGCCAGUUUCUGGCUAAGCACCGCCUGCUCUAUCCUGGAAUUGUUACCUUUGUCAUCGCCUCCUUCACCUUUCCACCAGGAAUGGGACAAUUCAUGGCUGGAGAGUUGAUGCCUCGCGAAGCCAUCAGUACCCUGUUUGACAACAACACAUGGGUAAAGCAUGUAGGCGACCCUGAAAGCCUGGGCCAGUCAGCUGUGUGGAUUCACCCAAAGGUCAAUGUGGUCAUCAUCAUCACCCUCUUCUUCAUCAUGAAGUUCUGGAUGUCCAUCGUGGCCACCACUAUGCCCAUACCCUGCGGAGGCUUCAUGCCUGUGUUUGUGCUCGGAGCUGCAUUUGGAAGGCUGGUAGGAGAGAUCAUGGCCAUGCUUUUCCCAGAUGGUAUCUUAUUCGACGACAUCAUCUACAAGAUCCUACCUGGGGGCUACGCAGUAAUUGGAGCAGCAGCGCUGACUGGUGCAGUAUCCCACACAGUCUCCACAGCCGUGAUUUGCUUUGAACUAACGGGUCAGAUCGCUCACAUCCUACCCAUGAUGGUGGCUGUUAUCUUGGCCAACAUGGUGGCUCAGAGCCUGCAGCCCUCCCUUUAUGACAGCAUCAUCCAGGUCAAGAAGCUACCCUACUUGCCUGACCUUGGUUGGAACCAGCUCAGCAAAUUUACAGUCUUUGUCGAGGACAUCAUGGUACGGGACGUGAAGUUUGUUUCAGCUUCUUGCACUUAUGGGGAGUUGCAAAACUUGCUCCAGACCACCACAGUCAAGACUUUACCACUGGUCGAUUCAGAAGAUUCGAUGAUCCUGCUGGGCUCCGUGGAGCGGUCAGAACUGCAGUCCCUUCUGCAGCAUCACCUGUGUCCUGAGCGGAGGCUGCAGUUAGCCCAGGACAUGGCAAGGAAGUUGUCAGAGCUGCCCUUCGAUGGGAAGGUGCGGCAGGCUGGGGAGGGGCGCCGUGGCGUCUGGCCCCAGGGUCGACCUGAGUCUUUUGCCUUUGUCGAUGAGGAUGAAGAUGAGGACCUCUGUGCGAAGCCCGAGCUUCCUCCUCUUCCUCCUCCUCACCCCUUUCCAACUGCUCCACUGCCCCCCGAAGAGCCCAAUGGGCCCCUGCCCGGCCACAAACAGCAGUUGGAAGCACCGGAGCUUGAAGGUAAAGAUUCUCCCAUCAUGCACCUCACCCUUGAGACUGCAGGUCAAAGACCCUCCAUCUUUCAGUCCCUGCUGCGCUGCUUGCUGGGCAGAGCUCGCCCCACAAAGAAGAAAAUGACCCAGGAUUCAGAAGAUUUAGUGGAUAACAUGUCACCUGAAGAGGUGGAGGCCUGGACGCGAGAGCAGCUGAGCCAGCCUGUCUGUUUUGACUCUUGCUGUAUCGACCGGUCCCCCUUCCAGCUGGUGGAGCACACGUCGCUGCACAAGACUCACACGCUCUUCUCCCUGCUCGGCCUCCACCUUGUGUACGUGACCAGCAUGGGGAAGCUCAGGGGGGUGCUGGCCUUGGAGGAGCUGCAGAAGGCCAUUGAGGGGCACACCACGUCUGGGGUGCAGCUCCGCCCUCCCCUUGCCAGCUUCCGGAGUACAACUUCGACUCGAAAGACUCCUGGGGGCCCGCUCCCUCCUGCAGAGGCCUGGAGCCUGCCUCGGGAUGGAAGUGGGGCCCCUGGGGCAGGGGAUGUGGCUCCUGCCUCCCCAGAGCCCCCUGUGCCAUCCGCCUCCCCAGAGCCCCCUGUCUCCUGGGCUCGGGCCAAGGCCGAGAGUGAGCUGGAGGAACUGGAGCUGGUGGGGGCUCCGGGGCCGGAGGAGGAGCUGGCCGACAUCUUGCAGGGCCCCAGUCUGCGAUCCACCGAUGACGAGGACGAGGACGAGCUGGUGCUCUGAGCGCCUCCCAGGCCGCGGCACGAAGGCUGUCCGGCGGUCCAGGCUAGCGGGCGGGCCUGUGUGGAAGAGGGUAUUUCCUGAAGCUGGAGAGAUCGCACCCACAUCCGGCCUCUCCUAGGAAUUUUAAAAUGUCAUCCUGAUCGUGUUGGAGGAGGAGCCAGAAUUGGGGCAGGAGUAGCCUUGGUCAAUCGUUUGGGCGUGUCCCCCCAUCCCCAGACAGGCGGUGGUUCUAAGCCCUGCGAAGCGCCCCUGAUAGUCCAAAGGCUUCUUGAGUUUGCCUGUGUGUGGGUGGGGAAUACCUGCUGCCUCCCCCUGGCCCCCCUCCUUCCCCCACAACCCCCCGGCCAGUGCCUUCCCGGCCUUGCCCAUCCCCCGUCAGUUUCCCCAGGGGUGGGUUAAGGGAGGCCCCGGGUGACUGUGGUCCUGCCAGCGUCAUGCGGGAGGAGGAGAUGGAUCACCUCAUGGCCUCAUGGACUGCUGGCCCCAGAAUGCACCCGCAAACUGUCCACAGCCCCUUCUCUCAGAGCCCCCCACCCCGUCCUCCACUCGCCCACAGCCAUUCCCUGAAAUUUGCCUCCAGACUCCAUCCUGCCUCCCACUGUCUGGCCCCGGGCAGAGCCAUUACUUAGUCCCAUUUCCUCCUCCUUUGUCCUCCAUUGAAGCAGUGAGGCAUGGAUCAAGAGCCUGUGGGGGGACAGCCUGGAAGGGGAAAGGUCGCAGGGAGGCUCUGGGUGAAAGGGGCGGUACCAAACAGUCCUGCUGCGGCCCCAGUGGAUUUACUUAACUCCCUCUGGCAGAAAUUCCUCCCAUCUCACACCACAGCUUCCUCACCCUCCAGUUUCCAGGCCACUCCCUCUCCACUGUGCUCCUUGAUCUGUCCUGCCCAAGGGUCAGCUCUGCCCUUGAGGUGCUCUAGCUGGGGCUUCUCCUUCCAAGAGUGGAAGCUCGGGGCAGCUGGGCCACUGGUUCACCCAGAGACUAUACCUUCUUAGGGACUGGUUCUUUGUGUUUCUCUUCUAGGGGUUCAGUGUCAAGAUGGCAGACCUUUUUGAUGCUUCCCACACUUGGGAAGUCAGAUCCUUAUCCUCCCCAAACCAGCGACAGGGAGCCUGCCAUCACCCUGCCUUUUCUAUAAGUGGUCCCAGGUGCUCUGAGCAGCCAGAGACCCUUGCUCCCACCCCCAGGGCUUUUGUCCAUCCCUUCUUUUAUGCCUCAUUUAGUUCUGCAGUUGUGCCCCCUCCCCAGCAUUCCCCCCCGCCCCGCCCCCGGUGCCUGGCCUCCAUCAUCCCCCAAAUAAGACACUCAUAGCCGAAGGUGCCACCACAUUCUGUUUAGUGCCAUUGAACACAGCCUGGAGCCCUCUCCAACAGUACAUCCCUUCCGCCUCCCCAGGCCAAUAGAGAGAGGCUGUAGCCUGGGGAGGGGGACUGGCAGCGGGUCUUUGAGCCCAUGCCCAUGUGUAUAUAAUCUAUAAUAUUUAUAUAUAUAUUUAUAUAUAAUUCUCUCUGUAAUAUAUGUCAUCGAAUCUCUCUUGGGCCUGGGGUGGAAAUGUCAGAUUAAGAAAACAUGCGAAGACUGGCCAUAAAAAUGGAUAUUCCCUAGACCUGGAAGAUGGAGUAUGGGAUGUACAGGUGGGGGUGAGAAGAGGUAAUAAACUCAUUCACCAAGAUUCCCUCCUUGACACAAGGAUAAGCAGGAAGGUGUGGGUGAGGGGGGGCGGGGGCGGCAGGAGGGGAGGGAUGGAAAAUUUGGAUUUUCCUUUAAUAAAGUGAACUCAAAAUGAAAGGGCACCCCCCCCAGCCCCCCCACCAGAAGAAAAUCACUUAGCAAGAACAGUUUCAUUCACCAUGAUAUGAAAACAGCCCCGUUCUGGGACUGCUGUAAAACGUGCGGCACAGCCUUUAACCCCAAGGGAAAAGCAACCCUCCCGCAUCCCCCAGCAGCCUCUUCCUGCACAUGCCCCUCCCCUCCCCCAAAAUAGGCUAUAAGCAAACCCCAUGCACCCUGCCCCCCAGCACCAGAGAGGCAGUUCCUCCCUCCAGAAGAGUCCUGAGAGGGUCUCAGGCCAGCUCCUCAGGUUUGCUCCCUCUUCAGCGUGGAGACGCCUCCCCCGGCCUGACCUCUGGUCAGCAGCGAUGCUGGUACCCAGGGAUGCUGAGCCCAGAUCACGCUCACGUGCGAACUCUGCUAGAACCCUUCAGAGUUUUAGUCGCCUUUUGGCGGGGACCAGCAGGGACCGUUUGGCUUCCUCAGGGAAGGAGGGAGGAAAGAACGCUGCUUUAGAUGACCUUUCCUAACUCCACAGAGCCCUGAGCGAGAAAGGAACUGUGAUGCAUGAACCCGCUCCCUGGACUGGAUGUCCGCUGUGGUCCGGGGGCGGAGUAUAGGGCACGAAGGGGGUGAGAUUAAGAGAAAAGGAUGAUGCCUUAGAGAGGGCAGGUUGCACAAGGUAAGGAAGCGGGGACCCCGUGAGAGGAGGGAACUGUGACAUGCAAAACCCCAAGGACCUGCAGCAGGAGGGCAGGGCGAGGCCAGCAGCGAGGGCCUGAGUUAGGCCACGUGAGCACGCACAACCCUUUAACAGUUUUAGAUGAGGUGACUUCAGCUACCUGUGCUCGCCAUGCCUACUCCUGUUUCCUCCAAGAACCAACUUCAGGUAGCCAUCCUCCCCCUCCCCAGAAGAUGUGGGACGUGGCCUCGGUUGCACUUCAGGGGCACGCGUGUAUGACGCUGUGGGCUUGAUGGAGGCAGGGUCACAGAUGGACAGAAGCGCCCCAACUCUCAACCUCCUCACUCUGGGACACCGCUGCAGCGGGGGCGGGGGGGCAGUGUGCUGCCGUCUCUUCACUCUACCCUUCGACCCUGUCCUCUGCCCUCAGGAUGUCUUACAGAAGUGCUGGGGCUCCAGGUGCUGUGCAGAAGUCCCCACCAGAAUGGAAAGUGGGUGUGGAGGGCAAGCAGUUUCAGGGGCUUAUGCCUCAUUGUAAAACAUCCUGGAAGGAAGAAUACCCAGAUCCUCCUCUCCUUCUCCUCAGGAGGCCUGGGGAGGUGGGGGGGGGACGGACACCUGGGAGGCCCUCCUGGGAGUCCUGGGAGGAGAUGAAGGGGGGCAAAGGGGGCCCAGAGCUACACUGCUCCUCGGCAAACCCCAUGCCCCGGCCGGGGCCUGACAGCACCGGGCCCCUCCCUCCACC